AUGACCAUCGAUCCCGGAACUGCCUUGGCUAUUGUUUCCCUAGGUAUCACGGUCUGCGACGGCAUCAGCAGCUAUUGCAACGCCCUCAAGCAUCGCAAAGAAGAGGUGCAAUCGCUGUCAACAAUUUCAACAGAGCUCCAGAGCAUUCUACAAGACGUUCAGACCUGGUUGCACAGCCGUCCGUCUCUGAGCGACUCUUUGGUCAACAGGGUCGAUGGCUGUGUCAAGACGUGUCUUGGUCACUUGGACAAAAUUUUGCUCUUGUGCACGCACUACUCGCCGCCGGCGAAAGACGAUCUGAGAUCUCGGAUUGUUUAUGUCAGCCGAGGUCUUCAAUUCCCCUUCAAGAAAGCUACUAUACAAAACUUGAUGGUCCAGAUGGAGUCACUUCGAUCCAACGUCAAGCUCGCUCUUACUCUUCUCUCUUCAGACUUCACUUUUGAAGGCCUCGAGGCCUUGAAAACGUUGAUUCAACAAUCUCAACAGACGACGAGUCAUUCCAUCAAGACCCAUGUGGAUGAAGCGGAGCUGAGACUUAGCAAUCGCCUUAGUAGCAACGAGCACCAUGUCCGGACCGACGUCCAACAACUGAAACAGUCAAUUUCAACCGAAGUGCAACAGUACACACAGGCAGCCACUAGUUCCAUCACAGUAAACAUGGAUCAGGGUUUUGCCAACUUAGCGCAGUCGUCCUCGAACCACAUGCAGCAUCUCGAACGCACUGUGGCUCAAGCGCAAGGUUCACUAAGCGAAGAGUUCAAUUCAGGCCAACAAUCACUAGUAACAGAGAUUCGAGAGCUCAAAUACUUCUUACAACUCAAAAUGAACUCGAAUCUACCACAGGACUCAACCAAUGUGAUCUCAAGGUCCCAAUCACUCUUACCAAGACGGCGACACCGACGGAAACGGCCGACAGCAUCAAGCGAAAUCUCCAAGCUGUGCACCUGCAAUGCGACUAUUACAGAGAGUUUCUUUCGCUCACGAUCGCGGAAAUGGUUCCAGAAGACGAGCGAGACGUGCCUUGUCCAUGCUAAGGAUUGUCCACUGUGGUAUACGAGUCAAAAUAAGGUCACGAUGGAGGUCAAUGUUCGUUUCUGGCGGCUUUUAGUUUCAGGGUUCAUCGUACUCGAUAGUGGAUAUUACAGCUGGCGUAGAUGGAGCGUCGGUCUAUCUCCAAAUCUACGGUGCCACACCACUGUUCCUUCUGGAUCCGGAGUUUUUGCCAUCCUGGAGUCAUUGAGAAAGACUCUGAAGAGAUCACCGAACAAAAGAGAUCGUGAAGCGGCUUUAGAAGAAUGCCUUGCUGCUUUGCACAAACUAUUUUCUACGGGAGAAGCCUCACCGCAUGACGUAGACGAGGAUGGAACCAACAUGUUGCAUUUUAUAGCGAGUCCGCCGUAUUACGGAAGCAUUUUCAAUGUCCUUGGGCUAGUCGAAACGUUACGCUUCAUUGAGAAGAUUCAAUCAUUAUGGGCCGUUGAUUUAUAUAGUCCGAGGGUCUAUGACCCUUCCGGCUAUGCUAGGACACCAGCAGGUCUCCUCCUGGAAUUCAUUCACUUUCGUCCGUAUCGUGUUGAGGAUGCCAAUAUCGCAGCGGGAGAGUUUCAUUUUCUUCUAGAUUGGUUAAUCGAUUACGGCUUUGAUGUCGUUCAAUCAAUCCAUCCAUCAGAAUCGUCUCUCAACUAUCCUUGGAAAGAUUUGUGUUUCGUUCCAAUGGCUCAACGUCCUUCCGUUAUGUUUCCUUUGCAGGAACUCGAGCUGAUUGAAGCUACCCGGUGUAACUCUUUGUCGAUUGCGAUUCUGAAAAGGGACGAGCAUAGCAUGCGCGAAGAAUUGAGAAAAGACCCAGUUUCCCUCAGUGAGGUCAACUACCUCGGACAGAAUGCGCUUCACUUCGCUACUGAAUGGACAGAAGGCCUAAGCAUUCUCCUCGAGUCCGGAGGUAUAACGGACGACAUCUUAAAUCAACUCGACAAUUACAGGCGCUCUGCCUUAGAUUAUGCAGCUCUACAAGAUAACAUGGAGUCUGUCCAGAUGUUGAUAGACGCCGACGCGUGCUUUGAGUUCGAAGAUCUCGAAACGCUAAACGCCAUUAGUCCAAACUGCCGGAGGUUGUUGAUAUCAACGCUUUAUGAAAGACGACGCCAGCUGAGGGACCUUGCAAUAGAGCAGAGAGGUUCUAUGGACGGCGAUAAUGCUGAACAUUUCGGCGCAUUUUACACCGACACAGCCUCCAGGAUGUAUCUGCUGUUACUCGAGGAGACUAAAGUCGCUGUUCCCGAAUCGCUUCGCUCUUCGGUAUUGUCCGAAGGGAGUCUUUAUCACUGGGCUUAUAGGGACAAGCCCUGGUAUCCUUUUAUAAGGCAAGACGCGCUGCAAGACCUGUUUGCGGUGGGUUUUGUGCAGGUGGACGAAAUUUGGGAUCAAGUAACUCCGAUAAUGACUUUACAAGAUGAGGUGGACAUCAUUGGCUUGGCGGAGAUGCUCCUCGAGAACGGCGCUGACGCGGAGAGAGAAUUUCCUUUGGAUCACCGGAAUAUCCAAGUUCAUGAUGACGGGAGAAGACACCGAGGAAUUCACAAAUUAGCUUUCCAGAUCGGAAAGAGCCGACGUAACUGGAUGGACCAAAAUGACCUUCUCCCUUCCAAAAUAAUUUCGCAACUUUCAGAGUCAUCCUGUGUUCAACGAGCAAUCUUUCAAUGCACUAGAAAGGAUCCUUGCUCUUGCUACUGUUCGCCUGGGGGCUGCACGGCACUCAGUUGCUUAAUGAAGGGUAUUAGGGACUCCCUGAGAAAUAGGCCUGCAUCCCCCCUCACUCUGAAACCACUUGCUGGGGCAUUGCUGCAGUUCGAUCUUGGUCGUCGGAAUGGUUUAAUCGUUGCAAUGGAAUUCAUUCGAAUGAUGACCUUCGACUCGCUUGAACUCACGCAUACCUGUUGCACGUAUGGGGAACCUGGAUGGAACAGUCCCUACCUCGAAAUGCCAAGAAGAAGAGUAGAGGAACAAGAAGAGAUUGAUCGUAUCCACGAGGAGGAAACAGAGGGCCUGAAGCAACUGGAAACUCUUAUGGAAGAGUUCACCAAGACGUUCGCCGAAUCCGAAAUACCCCUGAAGGAGUUCUUUGAAGGUUACUGGCGAGAGCGAAUGGAACAAGAAUUCUACAACAAUGGGCCGGUUCCGACGGAAGAACUAGAGGGCCAGAAGGAGCACUGUGUUUGGUUGAGGGAGCACAGUGAUCUGGAACAUGACUUCUUCGCACAGCUUUGGGUAGACAAGAUUCAUUGGUAGACAGGAUUCAUUGGUAGACAGGAUUCAUUGGUAGACAGGAUUCAUUGGUAGACAGGAUUCAUUGGUAGACAGGAUUCAUUGGUAGACAGGAUUCGUUGGCCAGCUAACUCGGUAGAGCUUUACGACCUAGACGAUGAGUACGAGGAGGAAAAUUUUGAAUAAGAUAAUGGCAACUAUGUGGGG